CCUCCUUACUCUCCAAUUCACACAUCCAACAUACAACAAAUUAGCAAAAUAUCCAAUCAUCAAAAACCAAACAUGAAACAACAAAUUCUAUUUUCAUUCUCACUCUUUCUACUCACAUUCUCCUCAUUCUAUUAUCCCAUUAACACAGCAUCAACAGCACCAGCAUCAUCCCCAAAACUUGCACCAGCACCAAAAUCACCAUCACCAGCAUCAUCAAAACCAUUAGUCCCAACGUUACCAGACACCUCUGAUUCCACCACACCAGACGACAUAACCAAAAUCCUUAAAAAGGCGAAAACAUUCGCCAUCCUAACCCGUCUCUUAAAAACAACCGAAAUCGUGGACAACUUAAACUCGCAGCUCAUAACAGCAAAAUCCGGAGGACUAACAAUCUUCGCACCCGAUGACUCGGCUUUCUCGAAUCUCAAACCCGGGUUCCUCAACUCGCUAAACGAAAACAAAAAAAUUGAACUUUUACAGUUCCACAUUCUUCCACAGUUUGUUGACAGCAACAAUUUUGAUUCUUUAAGUAACCCAGUUGAAACAGUAGCUGGUAAAGACCCUUUGAAGCUUCCAUUUAAUGUUGAAUCCCUUGGUAACAGUGUUAAUAUUUCAACUGGUGUUGUUAAUGCUACUGUUACUGGUGUUGUGUAUCAAGAUAACAAGCUUGCAAUUUAUCGUUUGGAUAAAGUUUUGCUUCCUUUGGAUUUCUUUCCUUCUAAGGUACAUGCUUCUGCUCCUGUUGCUGCAAAAGCACCUAAAGCUGAUGAUCAUAAGGAUAAAUCAUCUUCUGCAGAAGAUAAUGAGGAUGGUGAGACAACGCAGGGUCAGAAAAAAUCUGGAGCAGUGAGUUUCAUUACAAUUGAAGGAACAAGAACAAUGUUGGUGUCACUUGGAGUAGCUUUUGUUGCUGUUGCAAUGAUUUGAAACAAUUGAGCAUGUUUCUUUUGUUUUCUUUUUUCUUUUGAACUUUGUUUUCCUCUGUUCUGAUAUUGGUGUGAACCAUGUUUUUUCCUUGUAAAAUUGUCUGAAUAUUUGGUUUGAGUAAUUUGAUUUAAUUUAUAUUUAUGGAUUAAAUUAAAACAAUCUCUAUUGGAAUUUCAUGCAUCUUGCACGAUCAUUCAUCGGUAGAUUCUUGAAUAGUCGUGUGAGGUGUCUUAUUUUGUGAUAAUUUACGUUGGUUA